UUUUUUUUUUAGCACACCACUGCAACUAGAUUAUCUGUAGAACAUUUAUUACCUUCACUUAUCAGAAGAUUGUAGAUUUAAGCCUUAAAAAUUAACUGGUCUCUCCCAUUUUGCAUAUAAGGAAACCAAGAUCAAAAGGUUUGCUAUGGCUCACAUAGCUCAUACGUUUCUCUGGUGGAAUUUCCACCCAGAUCUUUCUGACCUUGAGUCUAGUACCCUUUCCACAAUACCAUGAUGCCUCUCAGCAGAGCUUCUCUUUCUUAUUAGCCUGAUAACAAAAUUGGGAUCUUCCCUCCCUUUCAUUCUUCAGAGAACAGCUUUCAGGCUUAGCCCCAAGCAAGAAAUUCCUACUUCUGUCCCUAAGGAAUGGCAUCUAAUUGACAUCUUGCCUCUAGGCGACAAAAUGCUUUUGCUGAGCUAAAGGCAGCUUGCUGAAGAUCUGUCUCCAAAGCAAUGAUCCUUCCAUCCUAGACUAGACAGCCUUGCUCAUCCUUUCUCCAAUUCCAGCUACUGUGUCCCAGGAACCGUAGAGUACUCAGCCAACCUUUUACCAGGCUCCCUAAUGAAGUUCCCCGUGUCUGUUUGCUAAAGAAAAGUUCCAGUGGGUCCAUCCAACACAUGGAACUUAAGUACAGAAAUUAUAUUUAUCCACCGUUCUGCCAAGGAAAUCACAUGCCCCAUGAGUCACUCCAGAUGUGCUCAAAAACAGAGUCUGUCUGUGAAAACGGAGUCCCCCAAUUCCAGGGAGAGCUGGAUAAAGAGGUGCUGACUUCUGUCCCACCCAGGAGGGCAGGCAGGCCCUUCCUUCUAAGGAAAGGGGAAGGCGUUUCUCCAUUUCUGAGAGGGGAAGGGCAGUAAAAAAGAUAUAUACACACUUCUUAGUCGAAUUAUAUGCUGAAACAUCCACAGAUAUUGGGGUUCUGUGUGGUUUUAGAAGUGGUUUUCUCUUCUUGAAGUAAAAGAUGUGUUGGAAGACCUUAAUGCUUCUGCUGCUAUAUUACAAUGCUCAGGCUACCCUGGCCCGCAGAUGGAGCAGAGCUGUGCUUUUCCCUUCGGCUCAUCGGUCAAAGAGAUCAUCUUCAGGUCCGAUAAAUCCAGUGCUGCAGAACUCCCUAGAGGAAGUGGAGCUGCUCUAUGAGUUUCUUCUGGCUGAACUUGAGAUCAGCCAAGACCUGAGGAUCUCCAUCAAAGAUGAGGAACUCUCCUCCUUGCGGAAGGCCUCUGAUUUCAACAUCAUCUGCAAUGAAGUCAUCCCCAAGAGCAUCACAGACAUCCGCCGGCUGAGUGCCCACCUCUCCGAGCGGAUUGGAGUCCUCAAGAGAGAAGACUUUGAACGGACAGUACUAACCCUGGCCUACACGGCCUAUAGAACGGCCCUGGCCCAAGGGUUCCAGAAAGACAUAUGGGCCCAGUCUCUCCUUAGCCUCUUCCAAGCCCUGAGACACGACUUGGUGAGGUCUUCUGGUUCCAAGCACUCUCAAUGAGAGACACCUGCAACACUGAGAGGGGAGAGCAGCAACCCAGAGCUUUUCCUAGCUUGUCACACACUAACCCAAAAGGUUUUUAUUCUCUUACCCAUUACCUUCCUCGUGGAAAGGGCCAACUGAAGCCCGUUCUACUUGGAAAGAAAAGUAGUGAUCAGAAAAAAAGGAAAAAAAUAAGCCUAUAUUCCUUUACUCUAGACUAUUUCCAACAAAUAUGUUGGCUUUAGGUCAAGAUUCUCUAGGCCAGUAUUUUUAAAAUACCUCCAGGGAGAAAAUGGUUUACUCUCAGUGACAGGUGGAAGACUCAGACAAGGGUCCCAGUACAGGCACAAGGAGACUGGACAAGUGUUGGGGAGAAGGAUUGGUCCUUUUUCUUUGGGGCUAAUUAGCUAAAUAACAAGAUUAAAAGUAUCUCUUUUUCCAAAUUUUCAUUGGUAGGAAAUAGAUAUUAGAACAAUAAACAAUAACUUAAUCUAGUGAUAUAUUUCUCAACUUCUUCCACAAAAGCUACGAAAUAAAAGUCUGGACUAGAACAAAAAUAAAGUAGAUACAUCAUAAAGAAGGGAUACAAGUGAAAAUUUUCCAGGUAACUAAAAGUUACCCUUCAUGUGCCGUCUUUUAUAUUUAACCAUUUUCUAUAGAAAUCAUUCCAAAAUGUAUUAAAUAUUUCCCUGCCUUCUUAAAUUGAGAAUAUGGAAAAUAAUUUAUAUUUUUUAUCUCUAUGGUUCAUUAUAGUUCAUUAUGAUCAUCAAUUUUUGUGCUGUAUUCUGUAAUAUAACAAUCCUGUCUGGGGGCUGUGAGGAGUGAAGGGAUAUUUGUACCCACACUUAAUGUUCCCAGACUUUGCUAAUUUUGUGUUUGGAUUUUAAAUUAUUCUGUCUCCUCCCUGACUGUCAGGCUAUCAGUUUUCACUUUUUUCCUAUUAUGUCCUUCCCUAACUUUUUUCUAACUUGCUGUGGGUCAGGAAAUCACAUAACUCACUCUGUCAGAAUUGUGUGCUGAGUAAGUCAGUCAAUUCUCUGAGUUAAGGACCUCCUUCAAGGACUCUGUAAAUAGCUAUUUCAGCAGCAAAGAGAUCUUUUUGGCUUACCUCCAAGUUCAUUGCUGUGUUCUAAAGGGUUGAAGUUGCUCCGAGACUGACCUCAAGAUAAGCAGGAUAUUGAGGCCUUGAAUCUGGUUAUUUCAAGUGUGACUCUAAAGACUGUGAUUUGAUAAUGAUAAAAGUCUGGUCUGGAAUUUCAUAAAUCUUGGGAUAAAUGAAGCUUUGUAUACCCAAGCCUAAUAGCUUUUUCAGAGAAAUAGUAGUAAGUAGGUUGGCAGGAAGAAGGUAUUCACUAUCAAAAAAUGCUAUAUAACUCUGCUCCAACCUCUACAGCUCUGGCUCAGAAAAGCAAUGUUAAUAUCUGUCUGUCUUUGUCUCUGUCUCUGCCUCUUCUCUAUCUCUUUCUCUGUCUCUUUUUGUCUGUCUGUCUGUCUGUCUGUCUCUCUCCCUCCUCUUCCUCCUUUUCUCCUUUUCUCUGUCCCUUGUUAUACACUAUUGCUCUUUCUGUUUCUCCUAGGGAAAAUGGAACAUCUCACAAGUUGACAUGCUUUCCUUCCCUUUUCUUUUUCAAUCUAUUUCCCUUUGCUUUGGGGGGUGAGUAGGGUGGGGUGGGCAUAGGAUGGCAGGAGAGAGGGAGAUAUCUCUGUUUAUCUCUGUCUAUCUCUAAUUCUCUAUCUGACUUUAUCUCAGUCAACUGUUUGUUUUUGUCUCCCUAGACCUGUCUUCUGAGUUCCUUUUUUCUUAUUAAUAUAAUACUAUUUUUGCAGUGUGUUGUUGGGAGAAUGAGGAGCAGUUAAUUGCUUCAAAAAACCAAGAUGCUCAUUUCUCCAGAGAUUUGGACUUUCCAGGGAAGCAAUUAGGUAUCUGUCCCAUAGCCUAUAUGGUAAUUUAUACUGUCUGCUCCCUUGCUAAGCAGCAGGAGCCUGAGUAUGGAAGAAUUCUAUCUAAUGAUUCUGUAUCCAAGAAAUGUUUUAGGUCUGCUCUCUGAAAUAUCCAACUCUGGAAACUGUGUUUACCUACAAAAUAGAGGAACAUUCCCAAGAAUUAUUCUCAUUAUUAUUCUUGGUCAAAUCAAUCUAUUAUAGAGGUAGAUAUAUCUUUUUAAUCCAUCCCAGUUAACAAGCAUUUAUUAAUCUCCUAGAUGCCAAACACAGUGCAUGCUAGCCUCUGAGGACAAAGAUUUCUAAAUAGCUAAUGGUUAGGAUAUUAUAGAUUGAUUAUUUUGACCCCAAAUUAUGAUGCAAAUGUUUUGAUCCAAUGUAUUCAUUAACUAAAAAUGUAAAAUAAAUAAUGUCCUUUUAGAGAUUCUAAAUUCCAUGUAGCAGCCAAUGGUUAAAGAAAUAUAAGGGGGAAAGUUUAAAAAAAAAAAAAAGCUUUCCUUAAAAAUAAGAAAAAUUUAGGUAAUCACUUUUUAAGCACUGGAUUUGCUUGGAUAUAAGCUAAAACUUUUUUGUUUUUGUUUUUAAACUCAGAAAAACUUCUGAAAGCAUCCCUUACUUUUACAGGCAAAAUCAAUAUACACACUUUUUCCUUCCUACCAAAAACCAGAAUUCAAUAAAUACAGCAAAGCUAGCUGGCCUAUGUAGCCUUUAUCUUAUUAACUCCUUGCUCUGAACAUUAUGAUCACAAUAAAUGGUGUCAUUGGCCUGUGCUCAUUUUCCACAUACAACAAUAUUUUGGUCUUCUUUCUACACAAUACUUCUAGAUAAUUUUUAUUAGAAAAUUUUGAGAGUUAAGCCCUUCUAGAAGUCAUCCUUAUACCAUUCUCUAGAAGCACUCAACCAGUUGGUCGAUAUGUUUUGAGAAACCUAUGUGGACAGAUGCCUUAGGAGAUACUGAAGACCCACAGCAUGUAUUCUUUACCAUUCACUGCCUUGUCCUCUCCUCCAAGUUAGAGUAAAAGAGAAUAUGGAACUGGGGGUAUGUUGUCAAGAUGAAUUUCCAUGGAUAAGCUAGUCUAAGGUUAACUUCCUUUUAAAAAACAAAGAUUAAAGAAUUUUAAAAGAAUCUCUAAUUUCCCAAUCCAUUUGGAUUUCCUAUGUUCUUACAAAAUAAUACUCUGGAAAUGAUUUGCUUCUUCCAAAAUUGGAAUCAGCCCCAAAAGAGAAAUCCUGGAUUUGCUGUAUCAUUCAUCUUUCCAUUUUUAUUUAAUAGAUUAUCACAUAUGAUGUAAUAAAGAUGCUGUUUCGAAUUGA